AUGACAAGCAAAUCGGGGACAGUGGCCUACGCGGCGGGCGCAUCCCUGGCAGCAGUAGCGCUGGUAUACGUCUUUGGCCCUACCUUUGCCCUGGACAACGACGAUGGCACUAAGUCGUCGCGCAAGAAGACGAUUGUCGGCCUCCGCAACGCGGCAAACGACUGCUUCAUCAACUCGGUGCUGCAGGCGCUGGCCGGGCUCGACGACCUGCGCGUGUACCUGAUCCGCGAGACGCAUCGACGGCACAUUGAGGACCCGGCCGUGUACGCGCAGCUCGUGCAGCCUCACGGCAGCGGCGCGGCGGAUAUGGCCGAGUGGAAGAUCCAGGGUCUGCAGGAAGGUCUGCUGACGUUCGGUCUCAAGGAGAUGAUUGACGCGCUCAACGAGAGGCCCAUCUACAAGAAGUCCAUCUCACCCUUCCCUCUGGUCCGCGUGCUCGAGACGGCCUUCCGCCAGCGCAUCAGCCGUCAGCAGCAGGAUGCGCAGGAGUUCCUGCAGAUCAUCGCCGAGCGCCUGAAGGACGAGUACCACGCCGGCAGGAGGGCGAGGCAGCGCGCCCGCACGUACGGCAUCACCGCGUCGGACGGCAGCGAUACGAGUGGCUCGCUGGUCGUCGUCUCAGAGGUACCAGACUUGUCGGUCGAAGGCGUAGACAAGGACAAGAAGCAGCAGCAGGAGAAGGAGGAGGAGAAGGAGGAGGCGACGGAGGAGGGAGAUGGCAGGCUGACGUCUGGGAGGAGGAUACCUCGCAUCGAUGUAGAGGAGGACGCCUUCCCCAUGGAGGGCAAGUACGAGUCGCAGCUGCAGUGCACGACGUGCCGGUACCUCCCGAAGCCGCGCGAGGAGACGUUCUGCACGCUCACCCUGGCCGUGCCGCAGGUGCCGUCGACCUCGUUGGCGAGCUGCUUUGACGCUGUCUUCAAGACCGAGUACAUUGAUGACUUCAAGUGCGACAAGUGCCGACUCCUGCAGGCCCGGGAGAACCUGGAGAAGAAGAGGGACAGGGAAGGUGCGACGGCGUCGGUGGCGGAGGCAAUUGCCAAGCUGACGCACGCCAUCGACACGGACCCGGAGCACCCCCCGGCGGGCGUGGACCUGGGUGACGGCGACGGCGCACGCGCGCCCCGCCGCCGCAUCUCCAAGACGACCCGCAUCACCAUCUUCCCGCAGAUCCUGGCCGUUCACCUCUCGCGGUCCAUCUACGGCGGCGGUGCCACCAUGACCAAGAACUCGGCCAAGGUGUCCUUUCCCGAACACCUCCCGCUCGGCGGCAUCGCCGCCGACUCGCGCAGGCGUUACAAGCUCCUCGGCGUUGUCACCCACAAGGGCGGCCACAACAGCGGCCACUAUGAGGCCUUCCGCCGUCAGUCUACGCACCGGCCGCCCUUUGCUAACGUCGAUACCUUCCGCCCCUCCGACAUCUACUCGCGCACCCCGACCCCGGCCUCCACGCCCGAGAUGCUCUCUGCCGCCAGAAAGUCGACGGUCGCGCACAACAACGCCGCCCCCGCAAACCUCCCUAGUCCUGCCGUGUCGACGCCCGAUCUAGUCCUCGGCGGCACGUCGUCCUCACCCUCCGUCUCGGCAGGCGAUGUAUUCACCCCUUCCCUCGAGUCUACUACCGCCCAAGCCAGCACCGGUACUCCUCCCCCCCGGCGUAGCGUUCCGCCGCCAUCAUCAAUCAACAACAACACCAACAACAACAGCAGUCACGACACGGACUCGGGAAGUCUUCGCUCCGUCGCUGCAUCUACCAAGUCUGCCUUUUCGAGACUAGCCGCCCCGCCUAGAUCCAGAUCUAGCCAGGACGGCAUGGGCACCAGCAGUGGGAACAAGCAGAAGCAGCAGCAGAGUCACCCUCCGUCUGCGAAGAAGCGCAAGUCCCUACCUGAGAAGUGGUGGCGCGUCAGUGAUGAGAAAGUCCGUGAGUGCAAGACGAGUGAGCUGCUCGGUAUGCAGAGAGAGGUUUACCUCCUCUUCUAUGAACUGGAAAAAGACUCUUAA